AUGCUGCUGAAGCCUGUCAACAACGCCCAUCAUGGCGACAGCUCUCCGUCCUCCCCCACCGGCGAGCGCUCCUCUUCCUCCUCCGAUAUGACCGACGUACGCGGCUUCCUCAAAUCGCAGGAUGGGAAUGGCAAGAACGGUGCGCUCGAUGCGCGAACUCAAAGUGUUUGGGCUUUCAGACCGCUCACUCUAAUCACCACUGUCCUCGCAUUAUUGUCCAUCGGCGCGAUUCUUCACUCAACCAUGAAUCUGCAAUUAGAUCCUCAGGGAUGCGGCAUGUCUUUCAUGACGCCAGCCUAUAUUAAGAUGGAGGGUUUCGACAGCGAAUAUUCCCGCUUUGCAUCCAAGUACGGCCUACAUCUGUACCGCGAAGAGGGUGUCGAUCAGUAUAAUGCUGCAAGCGGAGAUUUGGGAUUGCGGGGCGCCCCAGUUCUCUUCAUUCCGGGCAAUGCAGGGAGCUAUAAGCAAGUUCGCAGUCUCAGCAGCGAGGCUGCCCGCUACUGGAAAGGAAAGAACCGAGAUAGAGAAGAGGAGCUAGACGGGAAGAGAGCGUUUGAUUUCUUUACACUUAAUUUCAACGAAGAUCUCUCAGCCUUCCAUGGUCAGACACUGAUAGAUCAGGCCGAGUAUGUGAAUGAGGCGAUUGCAUUCAUUCUGUCACUAUAUCAUGACCCUGUCCGAGGUCGGAAAGGAAGCAAAAACGCGAAUCUACCGGAUCCCAGCUCGGUCAUCUUGAUCGGACACUCUAUGGGGGGCAUUGUUGCAAGAACAGUCCUGGUGACCAGCAAGUACCAAGCCAACAGUGUCAAUACACUCAUCACUAUGAGCACACCACAUGCCAGGCCACCGGUGGCCUUCGACGCGGACAUGGUGAGCCUCUACGAGAAGAUCAACCAGUACUGGCGAAUGUCCUACCUCCAAGAAGAGGAGGGCAUGAACCCGCUCGCGCAGACCACAUUGAUCAGCAUUGCGGGCGGAGGCCGAGACACGACUGUGCCGUCGGAUUACACCAGUAUUGGUAGUCUAGUUCCAGAAACAAACGGCUUCACCGUCUUCACGAGCGGCAUUCCUGAUAUCUGGACGAGCAUGGACCAUCUUGCUAUUACGUGGGCUGACCAGAUGCGCAAGGUACUUGUCAGGAGCAUGUUUGAGAUCGUCGACGUCAGGAGACCUGGCCAGACAAUUCCUCGAGCUGAACGGAUGAAAGUCUUUCAAAAGUACUUUCUAACCGGGCUGGAGACGAAUGCUGAAAAGCAUCUCACCGAGAAGAGCAAACACCACGAUGUUCUUUUGACGUUAGGAAGGACUGAAACCGAGAAGAGUGGUGGCGUUGCUAUACGACGGCUAGGAGCCCAAGACGACCCAAGUACACGAUUGCUGCCCAUUCCCAUCACGACUAAGCAUGGGCAGCAGAGUUUCUCCCUCCUGACAGACCAGACCAUGGACGAUCAGGGCAGCUUCGGCGACAAGCUCGAGGUGCUUUUCUGCAGUACUUUCCCAAUAUCGUCUGGCAGCGCCAAUUCUCUGCCUGUGCAGAUUGACCAGUCCAGCGGUGACUCUUCUGCGACGCGGUUAGCUUGCAAGCGGCCUACUGGCGAUGCUAUUCGCCUGCCAGCCUCUACGAGAACAUCUCAGAAUGCCUUUGACCAACGCACUCCCUUCACUUAUCUCCAGUACGACGCUGCGGACUUGCAAGAGUUCCAACUCGUUGCCCUUGUGGACAAGUCAACGGAGAUAAGUGCGAGCUGGGUUCUGGCUGAGUUCGCUGAUGCAGCCUCUGCAGUCACAACUUCUACAGCAAGUCUCACAAAGCUCCUGCUUCGUGGUGAGAGCUUUGAAUUGCCCCCAAAGAGAUCAAUGGUCAACGAGAUCAGGAUCCCUGCUCUGCACUCAUCUUUGCUCGCAUACAAGCUUCAAGUCCGCCAGCAUGGUUGCGGAGACGAUGUCGAGCUCUUCACACCUCUUGUUCGGCAGCACCUUGAGAGUCCUCAUCACGAGAGCAAGUACUUCGUGAACUUCAAGUCUGGAGACGUCAACCUGCACGGUGUUUCGCCGUUCAUGCCUCCGUCUCUGGACGGCUCCAAUCCUGGCCUUGACGGAGUCGCAUUUCAAAUCUGGAGCGAUCAAACCUGUAACAGUGCGCUGGAAGUGUCCUUGCAUGCCGAUCUCCCUGGAUCUCUCGGCAAGCUCUCUAUUCGCUACCGAACCAUCUUUGCAGUCUUCCCAUUGCUCGUGGUAGCGAUGACACUUCGCAAACAAUUUCGUGUCUACGACAACACUGGGAUCUUCAUCAGCUUCGGUGAAGCACUCGACCAAAGUCUCCGCCUACCCCUGCCUGUGCUACUCCUCAGCAUGACUUUCUUCGCCACCGCCUUCUCCACCGCCGGCAGCAUAUCUGCCACUUCGCUUAAUACAAAUACAACAACAGACUUCGGCAAGAAUGAUCUCCUACUCGGCAGUCAGGAUUCAUUCUUCUGGUUCCUCGUGCCCUUCGCAGGUCUGAUUUGCGUCGGCGCCUGUGUCGUCCUACACUACCUAGUUCUCGCGCUAUUGCAUCUCUUUGUAGGCCUCGGUCGCCUCAUCACCCACUUUAAUAAUUCCUCGCCAGCCCCGUACACCGCACUGCCGGCCUCGCCCACAUCCUCAGGGGACGAAAAAGAUCACAAGGACAAACCUCUCCCUCCACUCUCGACCCUUCCCGCACUAUCCAUCCUCGCCACUUCCACGCCGCGCCGUCGCCUCAUCAACACCUUACUCCUCCUCGGCCUCGUCGCCACCAUCAUCCCUUACCCCUUCGCCUAUGUCGUCGCUUGCCUCGUGCAACUAGCCACGACGACCCGCGCCCUCUCCUACCACUACGCCACUCCGCACUCGCGCACGCUCGCCGCUGCCAACUUUUUCAACUACACUUAUGCGGUGCUCAUCCUGAUGCUGUGGGUGCUGCCCCUCAACCUGCCCGUUCUGGUGGUUUGGGUGCACAACCUGGCCGUGCCGUACUGGUCCGCCUUUGGCUCGCACCACAACAUCCUGGCCAUCGCACCCUUCAUCGUGCUGGUCGAGACGUUAGCCGGUGGUGUCAUGGUGCCGCGACUGCGGCUACGACUAGGCAGGAACGCGAAGGCGAAUCGGGCCAACGCCAAUAAUAAGCCUGGCUCCUCCUGGGCCGCCGCUGGUGGCGGGUACGGGCGUAUCGUCACCAACGUCGGCUUCUUUGGCCUGGCGGUGUACGCGGCCGUGUAUGGCAUGACGUGGGCAUAUCGGCUGCAUUGGAUUGCGUGCGUUGUGGCCGGGUGGCUGAGUGUGGUGCACUGGCUUGGUGGCCGGAUGGGUGGAAGCGGUGGAGGAAGGGUGGUUGCGCGAUGA